AUGAGAAACAAGAAAGAUGCCAAAAAUGCCGUCAUGGGAAUUGCCAAGGAGUAUGGGUUCAUUGAAAAAGAGAUCAUGAAUCAAAUGGCACCCAACGUGCGACUCGCCGUAGAAGAGAGCAUGCUCGCUAGGGACAAAAAAAGUUGGCCAUGCAAUCAAAACGUUAGUAUGUCUCGAUGUAUUGAAUUAUUCCUGGCCAAGCAUAUUUACGCUAGUGAUGCCUGCUGCGUUUUCGAACUUCUUCAAAAUGCGGACAAUAAUCACUUCACGAAUGCCAACGCUCAAGGCGAAUCACCUUUUAUCGCAUUUAAGGUCCACCCAAAUCGCAUCGUGGUCGAAUGUAAUGAGGAUGGGGUCACAGCAAGCGACCUUUCCGCCAUUUGUACGGUCGGAGAAAGCACCAGAUCAACCUCACCUGGAUAUAUUGGAGCCAGGGGAAUCGGGUUUAAAUCUGUUUUCAUUGCGGCAUGGAAAGUCCACAUCCAGUCUGGUCAUUUUUCAUUCUCUUUUCAACACAAAAAGGGUGAUCGGGGUCUCGGAAUGGUUCAGCCAGUCUGGGAAGACACUGGCGAUGUCCUACCCAAUACCUUGACCCGGAUGACACUAUAUCUCCACGAGGAAGGGGAUCCACAGGAAAUCGACUUCCUGCGUCAGACAAUAUUUAAGCAACUGAAUGAUCUUCAGCAGGCAUGUCUGCUUUUCCUGCGAAAUUUGAAAGAGAUACGGGUCUUUUUCUACAAUGACGACGGGGGACUGAAAAACUCCAAGAAAUUCAGUGUUGGAGACAUUCACGACUCUCGCUAUUCUCUCGAAACUGAGAUGACAGACGAGAAUGGCCAUACAACUGUGGAAUACAAACAUUACCAUGUCACGAGACAGAUGGCAACCGAUCUUCCAAAAAGAAACAAUCGCGAUAGACCCGAUACAGAAGAAGAAGAAGGAGAAGCAACACGGGCGGCCUUAAGAGCAGAGAUUGCCCUAGCGUUCCCUCUCACUCACCUGAACAAGCCGCUGCUAGAACGGCAAGAUAUUUUUGCGUUUCUUCCAAUCAGGGAGUCCGGUUUCAAAUUCCUAAUACACUCGGACUUUGACACCAUUGCAAGCCGACAGGACAUUUCAAAUUCGAGAAGAAACAGGGCGCUCCAAGGCUGGAUCUCACAAGCAUUUCUCAAGGCUGUUUUAGAAUUCUGCGAGGAUCCAGAUUUGUGUUAUUCAUGGCCAAGGUUUCUUCCCGUUACGGAAGGCAAUGAAAAUAACUUUUGGUCAGACCUAUCCAGCUCAAUCAAGCAGCUCAUUCAUGAGACUCCUAUUUUAAAAUCCCAGUACAGCAGCAGCCUGCGGAAGAUCGACGAUGUCGUCAUACCUACUCCAGAUUUUAUGGAUGAAAAUCGAAGUCCGCUUCUCGAGGAUUCUACGCUGGACCCGUUUCUCUCAAACAAGUAUCCGCCCGACUGUGUACAAUCUCUGAAACCCUAUGGUCUCGAAAGCAUGAGCCAUGAUCUUGUUAUUAGGAUGCAACGAGAUGACUUGGAGAAUCAAGCCUCGAAGAUGAAGUCUGAAAAAACCAGCGCAGAAUGGCAUUCACAUUUUGCGAAGCUAUUGUUGCAGGUUGAUAAAGGAUCUAUUAGCAAACUUGCCCUCAUUCCCCUCAGAUUUGGCAAAUGGGUUUCUGUCAGCGCUUGGUCCGUAUACAUGCCAACCACAAACGGGAUUCCCAUCCCACCGGGAGUGGAUAUGCAAAUAAUAGAGUCAACAGCGGUUGCCAACAAAGACAGACACCGACUGUUCACACACCUUGGAGCUACCGAGGCAAAAGUCUAUGCGGUCCGCCAGUACAUUCAUAUGCACCACGAUAUCUUCGGGCCCCAUUUACGCUACUUGUACUUGACCCAUGUGGAUGAGGUGGAAUCAUGUUACAAAGAUAUAGCCGUCCACAGUGAGGACGGUCAUGUAGGGUAUCCGCAUCGAGAAGACUUUUAUCUCCGUACGGGUCACCCUUAUGGGCCGGAGUCGCUUCUCCCUACGGACAACACACACGGCCUCCAACUGUUUUUCCUCCAUCCAGAAUACCUUGAAGAUGCUACAAUUAUCCCAAGCUCAGAACAUCGAUCGUGGAGAAACUGGCUUCGACGUCUUGUUCAUGUGCAUAAAAGACUAAGUCUUAUCUCUCGCGAUUGGGAUGAUCUCUCGGAGUCUUUGAGAUAUGUCGCGGAGCACCGACCAGAAAGGUUUCUUGGUCUGCUGGGAUAUCUUUGGAAAUACGAUGGCGACUCAAUCAGUCGAGAUGAUGAACUUGUACAACUGAUCAAGGACACAAACGCAAGCAGCUUUUGCAUGACUGAUAUUUCACCGACAGACAUCGACCAAACCUUUCUUCCUCUACCAGGUCUCCAGCAACUCUGUUCACGCUUCAUGGAAGAGAAUGAACCGUUCCCCUUUUUGAAGAUCGAUGAGAUAGCCUCCUCGGAAGAGCUCAGCCCCAAGUGGAUGUUUCUCCAUACUGUCUUUUCAGUUGGCAAGGAUGACAACUUGGAAUUCUUCCUUAAGAUAUUGUGGUGGAUCAAUGCCGAGGGCCGCAAAAACCCUGAUGAUCUCCAUUUGAAAAACCCGCAACGCAUAUUGGAUCUAUACAUCACGAUUGACUCAAAGUGCCUCAGCACACAAGAUCCAGAGGCUGCAAGGAGCGAUGUCAGAGAGUACAUUGAGGAUUACAAUCUAAUUUUUACGCCGCACCCUGGCGAUCCUAAGAAUUAUGCUGCUGAAUGGUUUAAAUUGAAGCCAUUUCGAUGGGAUAGUCCAUCAGAUAUGCUGUCAACUUAUUGCCUUAAACAUAGCUACUCACAACUGGUUGACGAAGAUCAGCUGGACCAACUUUCACGGUUCAUGAAAAAAACCAUGUCAAUUCCGGAUUGCUCUUGGGAGGACAUGAUAAUCGAGCUUGAGGUCAUAAGGGAUAAUUGUUUCGAAGAUUUGGAUCGUGUCUUUGUCAUAUAUGAAUGGAUAAGCAAGCUCGAGACCCUUGCGUUUGUCGAUGAACUCAGACAGACCCGUACCAAAGACCUGAUAUUCGUGGUCAACCAUGGGGAACCUGGUUGGUACAAGAGCUCGGAGUGUUUAUGGUCCACAAUAGAGAUUCGAGGGAAAGUUACCCUAAACGGCCACUACGAAGAUUUGGAGAACUUCUUUAUAGAGAGCCUAGGGAUCAAAACGCUCACUUUGCAAAUGGUCUAUGACGAAUUACUUCAAGCUGGUCCCCAGAUGACACACAGUGAGAUCAAAGCCAAGAUUUGGUCCCUCAAUGCGCUUCUCCAAACAGAAUCAGGAUCACAAUCCAGCCUUGUCGACCCAGAUUCUUUGAUGCAGGCCUGUGUGCUUCCCAUCAUCAAUACUGACGGCACAAAAUCUCUAGUUACUUCAAGUGCUGAGUUUGCCAUCGCAGAUCAAGACUACUUGGCCGUAAACUUUCAGGGCCGCAUCAAAUUGCUUGAUUACAGCCUUGAGGAUGUCGAACAUCUGAGCGCCUUCUUCAAGUGGGCUAAGCUUACGCAUCGCUACUUGUCUACUGCGGUUAGAAAGUUCACAUAUGUCCCUGGGGAGACAACGCGAGUCACACCCAGGCGUGAUCGAGACUUGACACGAAAAGCGCAUGGUCUUGUGCGUGUUGCGGCAACGUUCAAUAGUCCUCGGUACCGGAUCGAUCCGGCUAGGUUGUACGAAAUGCUUCGCACAACCAGCAUUGAAAUGGCCAACGGCAUCACCUCUGUCUUGAGCAUUACCCAAGAUGGAAAUGUAACAGAGGUGGAAGAAUCAACUGGCAGUUUGCAUAUCAACGAAACCCCAACCGGGUUAACAAUAUACGUCCCCUUGGACAAGAAGGAGCAGGAACUCUGCUUCAGCUCCCUCCUGUCCGUCCAGCUCACAGAAUGGCUGAUGCAAGAUCCUAUCACACAAAUUUCAGAGAAAGUUGACAGCUCCUUGUUGACUGCAAUUACAACACUUCUAAGCAGUGACCCAUCGAUCAUAGAUAUGGUUCUUGCCCUCCACGGAAUCAGCGGAAUUGAGCUCCCUAAUCAGGAUCCCAUAGACGACGAUCCAGAAUGCUUGCAGUGCUCUAUCACGCCUGACCUGUCAAUCACCACUGGAGAGUCUACGGAGCUCAUCUACACUCCAUCCAUGUCAAGCAGUCACACCCACUGUGGAUGGCCUAAUCACUCAUUUCCUACUGCGUACAGUCCUCCACAUCCUAUAUUUUCACCAUCUGGAGAUUCCUCGGAGCAGGAUACGUGUUAUCGAACGCUUCUCAAUGAAGUAACAAGAACAGCAAGAAGAGCCUCUUUUCCCUAA